AUGAGCAUAGCGAGAUAUGCUCAGCGUGUCGCCUACCAUUGGAAGCGAACUAAAGCCCAGCAGCAAUCCAUGCGUUAUGCUUACUCACACGAGCACCUGGAGCGUAAGCAGCUGCAAGAACAACUCGGUACACUGAAAUCUCGACUUGCAGCUCUCGAGCUUGUAAAAGUUCAGUUGCAGAAGUGGGAGGCCAGAAAGCCGGCGAUCAAUCAUUACCUGAAUAUCGUGCACGACAUGGCGAAUGAUAUGGCCGAUUUACGCCUGCAGCUUAAACGCCUCGGCUACAAUGCACCUGGAAAGAGCUAUGCCUUCAACGGUAAUGCUCAGAACGAUGGAUCAGAAGCCCAGCACGCUGCCGAGACCGCUACCAGGCCCCAAGCCAUUGAGUUCAACAGCUCUUCGACGACGGCUGAAUUGGACCACUCAUCGUCAUCGCACAAGCGGAAGCCAAUGGACCGGCCUUUCGAGCGUCGGAUAAAGCCUGCUCCUUUUGGUCAGAGCGGCUGGGCUGACAGCAGAGAUGUGAUGCCGCCACCUGCGAUGAGUCGUGCUGUCCCACAGUCUGAACAAAACCCGCAUGGUACAGAUGUACAUCAGUAUGACCGCAUGCAAUUCAGUGUGCCAACCCGGGCAACCCAAGUAUACGAGGAAAACACGGCUGCCGGUCAUGGUGCGCAGGAAGUUCGAGACGCGCCUGCUGCGAUGUCAUUCCAACCACCUGACCAUCAGUCUGGAGACGGCAGCCAGCAGUGGCGUGUGAGUGAUAAGAUACCAGUUGCGAGUCCGUCCGGCAGCCGGACUGGUCAACGUCAACUAUGGCCAGCUGCUCUCUCCCAGGAGCAUAACUCUCGACCACAAUUUGCGGAUCAAAUUGGUCGACAGCAUAUCAGACCACAAAUCACAGAGUACGAAGCAGACUAUGGUACACUCUCUCAACAACUUCGUUUCCAACAGGGACCUAUCGCGAGGCCACCUGCUUCCGCGCGUCAAGGCCCCACUUGGAUGAACAACAGUGGCCAUCACGAUCCAAUGCAGAUGACACCGUCACCUCAGAGAUACGGUACGAAGCCUGCACCAUUCAAGUCUGUCAGCAGUCCAUUCUUUGCGCGAAGGGCCUCAAGCCAGGCCAACGCUGAUCAAGCACCUGUGGAUUAUAUAAAUGCGCCAUCGAGCCAGAGGACCUUUGAGCGCCAGACUGCAGGCUUUCUUAACCAUGCUGCAGCAGGACACAAUACUGCCAGUCCAUUCAAUCGCCAAGCACAGCCUCCCGACUUCACUACCUUCAAACAUGAACACUACUCUAAUAACAUCGAGCCCCACCACAACCAGACGCAGGUUCGGGCAGCGUCUCGUGGCUCAGCAUGGCGCGGCGAAUCGAUUCUACAAACGCCACGCAACUCACAUGGUCUUUUCCGACGCCCGGAUAGGUUGCCUUCGCCUCAGCCAGUGUACGCACCCUCUCGACCUCGACCGACUGCACGAGUCUCUCUCCCUCCCAGUCAGCACAACAACGUGCCGUCCAGAUUGCAUCAGGAGCAUGCCUUAUCCCAAAUACGUGGUGUAAGAGGAGCUAGCUCGCAAGACUUCCGGCCUGGCCAGAACCAUAGAGGACCGUUGUACGACCCACCGCCACCACCGGUCUCCUCUGCUGGUGGUCGUCGCAGUGUCAGACGCUGA